UCAAGCUGGGUAACUGUGUAGAAGCCUAUAAGGCUGCGUUACGGACGACAGCCAUCUGUGGCCAGACAGAAAUGGACCGUCGGACGGACGCGGACCGACGGUUAGAGACAGAACGUCGUGCAGCAGAAAUAAAUAGUACAAACACAGAAAAACGUGAUGUUAGCAAAGCGGAACAGUUCAGACAAAAGCGGAGAUGUAAAAGCAUAUCAGCGCCAACCGUUAACGAGAUAGCGGAAUUAGAGGAAAACCUGAAGAAGAUUGACGGUAUAUACAGCCCGUCUGGUCUAGGGAAGACCACCUCUAUUGUAUUCACGCUCCAAAACCAGGUGGGCUGUCUCAUCAAGGCGCUCCGGAUAUUCCAGGAAAAUCAUAUCAACGUUGUACAUAUAGAGUCCCGGAAGUCAAAGAGGAGUGAUUCGGCGUUUGAUAUUUACGUUGACCUCGAAACAGACAACAUUCGCCUGGAAGAAUUAAUCAAGCGACUGAAAAAAGAGGUCGCCAGCAUCAGCUACAACGACUUGCCCGUACCCCCUUCACCCGCCACCUCCAUACGUCUACCACCAUCAGCGGAGGAUCUACUUCUCGUCGCACCAUGGUUUCCCAGGAAGAUUUCCGACCUUGACCAUUCAGCCAACCGCGUCCUUAUGUAUGGGAUUGAACUCGAUGCUGAUCAUCCGGGUUUCAAAGAUAAGGUGUACAGACAGAGGCGGAAAUACUUUGCAGAUAUUGCUAUGGCCUACAAAUAUGGAGAGCCCAUCCCCAGGGUAGAGUACACACAGGACGAAGUCCGUACAUGGGGAACGGUAUUUUCAGAAUUGUUGAAGUUAUACCCAACACACGCAUGUCGAGAGUUCCUUAGAAACCUGCCGCUGCUCAUCGACCACUGCGGUUACAGAGAAAAUAAUCUACCACAACUAGAGGACAUAUCAGAGUUCCUUAAAGAAAGAACAGGUUUCCAGCUGCGUCCCGUGGCAGGGUAUCUAUCAUCACGUGACUUUUUGGCAGGACUUGCAUUCCGUGUUUUCCAUUGCACGCAAUACAUCCGCCAUCGAUCUGAUCCGUUAUACACACCAGAACCUGACUGCUGCCACGAACUGCUUGGUCACAUGCCGCUGUUAGCGGAUCCAAGCUUUGCACAGUUCUCCCAGGAGCUUGGAUUGGCGUCGCUCGGGGUCUCUGACGAGGAAGUACAGAAAUUAGCAACGUGCUACUUUUUCACGGUUGAGUUUGGAAUUUGUAAACAGGAUGGAAACCUGAGAGCAUACGGCGCGGGUCUGCUAUCUUCUAUUGGGGAGUUGAAGCAUGCAUUGACGAGUAAAACUGAGAAGAUUCCCUUCGAACCGACCCGUACAUGUCAGCAGGAGUGUUUGAUUACAACCUUCCAGGACGUUUACUUCUUCACCGACAGCUUUGAGGAAGCAAAAGACAGGAUGAGACAAUUCGCUUGCACCAUCAAACGUCCGUUUGCCGUGCGGUAUAAUCCGUACACCCAGACAGUGGACGUCCUUAACAAUACGCGCUGUAUCGCAUACGCGGUCAGCGAACUUAGGGGAGACCUCUGCAUUGUAUCUGACGCACUCCGUCGACUCCAACAACUCGAGCUUGCCAUGGACGAACAGGAAGAGGCAGAGCGACUGGAAGGAGAGACACCCCGAUGACGGUCUGGCAAAGCAAGAACAAAAGAUAAUGAACGUUAUGAUAAACUGAAGAAAUUGUUUAAAUCAUAUGGAACGAAAAGAAUACAACAUGGUUUAAACUACUAUCUUAAAUACCGUAUAGUUAUGUGCUCAUAUUAUAAAAGACAUUGUGAUUUUAUUUUAUAUGUACUACUAGAUCAGCACGAUACAUGCGUGUAAUGACGCAACUUUCGUGUGCUAUACCCAUAAUCAGGUCUGUUUUUUUCAUAUAUGAUUGACUAUAAUAGAGGGUUAGUGGCGAUUUAACGGAUGGUAUGUUAAAGGAUGACAGAACACCGGGGCAAGUUUUAGCACUGUAGAGACAGAUCUCCAUAGAGUAAGUCCCAAUAAUCUAGUGGCAUCCCCAUCAAAUAAACAGUUCCAUUUCUUAAAUGAUCAUGUUUGAAGUUACGCGUUACUUGUAAGCUUCUCAAGAUACACGGAUUUUUAUAUCACCGUGAUUAAGCGAUUAUCAAUUUGAACAAAAGUAUGAUAACUCAAGACGUUACUUUGUGGUCUGAUAUUUGUUACAGGAUUCCUGAAGGAACAGAGCUAUACGUGGCUCACAAAAUUGAUCGUGUAGAGCCCACACAACGGAAGUUCUUAUCUUUCAAUUUAUACCACUAAUAAUAGCAAAUAGGUUUUCAAAUAAAAAUUAGUUUUCCUGUUUGUUGGAGCUCAGAACUAAGCUUAUUUUUAGUUUAACAAAUUCCACCGGUACGUUUUUAUAUAUACGUAGUCAAUCUCUUUAUCGUGACGAUAACAUUUAUCAUAAACUUAUGUUUGUAAACGUGUGGAAAGAUUAUACUAUUGUAAAGUAGAACCGUCUGAAUCCUUGAUGAAACCCCAUGGCCCCCAUUCAGAGUUCGUCUUUUCUUAAACGUAUACAAUUAUCUCAUUAAAUUAUCAUAGAUUCAAUAUAAUAAAACAUGAUAACCAUGCUACAAAUACACCAGACAUAAAAUGUAUAGAUUUCAAGGCGUAAGAAUCAUUUUCUCGGCUACACAAAUGAUUGCAUUAAACGGAGCUAUGUACUUGGGAAUGGCUGGUUAUUGACUAUGUUAGUAUAUGUUUAGAGAGGAGAGCUAGAGAGUCGCCAUUCAUCUGAUAGUUAUAUAUAACAUUAGAUUAACACUGUGUUUAUGGAUUAUGAAUUUCGGACAAUGGAAAGAUCAGGCCAUAUGUCGUGAUUAAUCAAUUAGCACCACCUACCGCGUUGAUAUAUUGCUGUUAACAGCUUUCGUGGCAUAGAACAGGGGUGACUACCUCCAAUACUGUCGAGCUGUAACAGGUCGCCGACACUCGUCAUCAAAUGCAAUAUAGAUCAAUUAACACUAUCAAUAAGGCGUUGUAUGUGCACCACGUUUUCCGAUAUACAUAACUGCCGUAGCACACGUAUAUAUGAAUAUUAUAUCAUUUCAUCCAAGUUAUUGAGUCUAAUUAUGUUAAUAAAUGUAUAUUCGCAACA